AGCGUCAGUGCUGCAGCCGACAACGGUGCCCGCUGUCUGACGAUGGUAGACCGGAGAGACGGAUGGUCAGGGCCGUCCUCGUCUAACCUGAACAUGCUAGUGUGACUUCAUUCGUGCCCGCUUAAUAGUGCUAAAACCAGGUUUCACACAUUUAGCUUCAGCAAGUCAUAUACGGCUUAGUUUGUGUUAUUUUUAAUAUAUAUAAUAAUGGAGGACGACUGUGUUUGCGAGUACGACUCGACCUGGGACACAGAGAGUGACGGAGACGACCCGGCCGGAGAGAGCCAAACCCGUCGGUCAUGUCAAGACAAAAACAAAUCCGGCUGGACUUUAGUAACUUGGCAUCAUACGCCCAGAAACCUGAGGGCAGCAAAGGACAUGCAGAACUACAGAAGAGGAUAUCCAAAUCUCACAGACGACGAGUGCUCGGAAGACAAAAUGAACAAUUUGCAGUUUUAUCUCAAUAAAUUUCCUUCCUCUCCUGAUGACGUCUACAUUGAAUCAUUUCUUAAGGAAUGGAAAAAUGACUACAAAAGACUGGAGAGAGUUCACUCGUACAUUCAGUGGCUGUUUCCACUGCGAGAGCCGGGGGUUAAUUACAUGGCUUCAGAACUCACCAAGAAGGAAAUUGAGGCCUUCAAGAAGAAUGAGGACGCCAAAAAGAGACUAGUCGAGUCCUAUGAACUCAUGUUGGGCUUCUAUGGCAUCCGUUUGGUCAACAAAGAGACGGGUGAAGUGAAACGUGCAGAAAAUUGGAAGGAGCGAUUUGGAAAUCUAGAGCGGAAUAUGCACAACAACCUGCGCAUCACUCGCAUCCUGAAGAGCCUCGGAGAGCUGGGCUUUGAGCACUACCAGGCCCCACUCGUGCGCUUCUUUCUUGAAGAGACUCUAGUCAAGAAGACCCUUAGCAGUGUUAAACGCAGCGUGCUUGACUACUUCCUGUUUUCUGUCCUGGACAAAGAGAAACGUCAGGAGCUUGUGCGCUUUGCCUACCUUCACUUUGAGCCAAAGGAUAAGUUUGUGUGGUGUCCCCGAAAGAUUCAGAAACAAUUCAGGAAGGCAGAGAAGAGAUCUGAUGCUGUUGGGAAUGGAGAUGGAAAAGAUGAAGGGUAUUCACGGGGUAAAAGCAAAGACGGAGAAGCAGUUGUGCAACAAAAAGAGGAUGGACUGGAUAAAGUUACUAAGGCUCAGAAAGGAACCGAUAAGACAGCAAGUAAAGACAAAAACAAACUGUCUGAGGCAUCCCCUGAGCCAAAAUCUGAAGCUGAGACUGUUGGCAAUGGAAAUGCAGAGGCUGAGUCCAAUAAUGAAAUUUUGGGGAAUGGAAAUGACUCUACAGAUGAUGUUGAUGAAAUGGAUCAGACACCCAGUCCCGACACUGUGAAGGCAAAAACCGAGCCCUGUGCAGACAGUGAACACAAAUCUACCAACGACUCGAAGGACACCAUCCAAGAACCAGACAACAUUAUGCAAACAGAUGGGGACAUAGACACUGAAAAACCACCGAAGAAGAAGAGAGAAGAUAACAAGGUGCUGCCAAGCAACGGCUCUGUUGGGGACUUUGCCAGUGGGCAGAUGGAGGAAAAACCUGCAGCUAAUAAAGCCACUGGUCAAACGAGCCCUUCAGCGCAAACCCCCCAUAAGACUUCAAAACAUUCUCCUUCUCUUUCUUCGGGAAGGGAGGAAAAAAUCCCAAGGACUGAUUUUAAUCAAGUGCCAGAUAAAAAGGAAGAGGAGGAAACGUUGCAGGCGAAUGUGUCGGCGACAAACGGGUCACUGACGAGCACUGACAAAGGUGUGGAUGAACAGACAAAUGGGAAGGAGUCGAAGGAUAUUGAUAUGGAAUCAAACCCUUCAAGCUCAGACCAAAAUGUGGGGAAUUCAUGAAUAAACUGGAUGACUGGAGAAAAUACAUUAAUUUGGGCUUGAAUGAAAUGUAACAUAGGGACAGAGUAUGACUUAAAAAGACGUUCUGGGCCUUAUUUCUACUAUAUUUGAUGUUUAGAUAUUGAUUCUUUUCACUUUGAAGGAGUAUAUGAAGUCAUUAACUUACUAAAUGUGGGACUGGAUGUGACAGUUUCUACAUGGCCAUCAGACAAUAUUAAAAGGAUAAGGCUGGUGAUAUUCUACAUUGUUGUUAAUGACAACAAAUCCCAUGAAAAGGUCAAAAUAGGAGACUCAGUGAGCUGCUGCGACCUGCGAGGCGAGGGUCACAUGACCGACAGACACAACCAAAAGUCUCAAUAGGCUCAUUUUUGCUAUCCUUGCUAGCUUGUCUAUUUGUGAUGGAGAAACUCAACUAUCCUUGGAAAUGUAGUACAUUUAGUGAACCUAUGGUGACGUCACUCGUUGGUAUCUUCUUAUCGUUUUGAAGCCUUGAGUUUGUGAUUAUGGCCUAGUGACGACCAACCUUUUUUUUGGAGCCAGCAGUGGUAAUGUACUGCGAGUUGAGGCUGUGUGUAUUGACUGCAGUAUCGACUGAAGUAGGCAAAUUGAUCAGCACGGCCUUGUUUUACAGUUUUGUGCGGUGCGCUGAAGCAUACCCUGUUUUAUCUUCUGUUUUACUCUAAAUGGAACCAUCAUUUCCAAAAUGAACAUCCAUCCAUGCUGUAUGGAAGAAGAAACUAGCAGUUGAGACCUUAAACUCAUUAGGAAACUGUUUACUGAGCUAAUAAAUCAAGUGAGAAGUCGGGUCAUUUCUCCAUAAACUGCAUACUAUUGGGCUUCUUUUUUGUAGCCCAUGGAGCUGCCCCAUGCUGGCCAUUAGAGAGAAUGCGCAUUUAAGACACUUGCGUAUUGGCUCUGUUUACUAAUUAUAUACUGUUAAUAAGGAAAAACACUGUGAAGAUUGUUAAUGGUGUUAAUGUUUAUUUAUUUACAACAUAACUUCUAGUUAAUCUGGUUUUGAAAACCAUAUUUAAGGACCCUUUCCAUAAAAGUUACAUUCCAAAUUCUUUAUCAGGGUUGUUUUAUCACAGUUUUUUUUUCCGAUUCUUUAAUGUGUGCGUCUGUUGCCCAGCGAAAUACUUGCACCAGCUCUGUUCAGAAUAUCUGGUGACAUAUCCCGUAAUGAAAAGUGCACAGCUCUCUGCAAAGUCAUUUUUCAUUUCUACUGAAAUGUGUCCAUUAUAACAUUUCUAACCUUAAUUAGCUGAAUCGUUUAUUUAGUAGCUAACCCUGUGGGGUCACAUGGCCUUCGCCUUACAGGUCGUAGCCGUCCAUCGAGAGUCUCCCACAAAAACCAACAGUGUGUUAGUCAACCUCUCAGUACUUUCUGACUUCUCUACUCCUGUCUGUGGCUCUUAGCUCCAAAGUCUUUGCUUCCUAUUAAGGACAUGAAUCGUAAUAAUUUCACAACAAAUAACUUGUUUUAUGAAAUGUUACUCAAACAGAAGUAAAUGUUGUGUUUGUUGGGGACUAUUUUCAGCUCUUAUAUUUAUUGUAGUGAAGGAACAUGUCAGUGCGACUGUGUGGCUCAUUGAUGUGUUUUAAUUGUUUUUGGAUAACAAUGUAAGAAUGUGACAAGGAGGAAUAAGCUACUAUACAUCCAGCUUUGGAUACACAGACAAUAUUUGCGAGAGAGUUAAAUAAAUUGUUGGUUUUGAUCUUUUCAUGGUGUUUGUUGACAAUAAGAAAAAUAUAGACUAUUACCAGACUUGUCCUUUCAGGCAGUAAUGACAGUCAGCAACUGAUAUUUAAUAUCGCUACAGGAUACAUAAAGCACUAUUAUUAAUGUAUAUGAAUGAAAUGAUGGUUUCAGCAUUUUCAACACCUAAAUACUUUAACAAUUGAACAUUUGUUUUGCACUGAAAAUGAAUUGGAAAAGCUUUGUUUUCCUUUUUGGGCUGUUUUUGUGUGAGUAAAAGCAUUCUGUACUGGUUUGUGUUUGCUGGUCCCUGCUGUUCAAAUGGAUUUAAGACUGAAUGUCACUUAAGCUAUAUUUCAAUAAUGUUGCACAAUCUGUGUGUUUUCAUGCAGAUUUGAGAAGUAAACUUUUGAACAAACUGAAGGCCUUGCCAAAAAUGUGAUGAGACUGGUUGAUUGUACAAUAUGUAUGUCUUCUGGGCGGAACUGAUAAAGCUUUGGCUAUGAUUUAAAGUCCACUGUUUGUUAAUUUCACAUGGGUGCAAGCCAGGGUCAUUAUAUUGAUGCAUCUUUUUCUAUUUGCACUUAAUUUUCUCUAUUAAUUGGUAAAAUGAUGGUAUUUACAUAAUGAACUGGUAAUACCUUUACAAAAGUGCUGAAUUCUUUAUAUAUAUCUAAAUAUCUGGCUGUUGACAAAGCAGAAUAAAGUUAUACUAUUUUU